AGGUAUUUGUUGACUCGUCAAUGUGAGAUCUCACUUCCUCAGAAGACCAGCCGUGCUUGUAGAACAAAGAGGUUUCAGGAACUUAGCAAAAAGAAGAAGACAUGGGAUUUACAGAAAAGCAAGUGGGGAUUCGCUCUGCUGGACGUGGAGGAUCCGUGGUCCUUCAUAGGUAGAGCUUUUAUCGAUCCAUUUAGAAGAUUCUACAUAGAGGGAUAUCUUCAAACUGUUCUUGUGAGCGAUUUAAGUGGGGCCAUCUACAGAGGUCUGGUCAACAAUGUUACAAAAAAGGAAAUUAGCCACAACUAUAACUACCAGGUUUUGUCAAAGUACCUCGAGUUGGCUGCCAAACUUGGAGGGGUAAGCUUUUUUUGUUUUGUUUUUCAUGUUUAGUUUUUGUUUGCUUGUUUGUUUUUUCUUUUUGUUAGCCAUUUUUUUAAGACAAAAAAUAGCAAAUUGUUUCUAGGUAAUAAAAAGGAACUCAAGAAAAAACAGUUAUGAUUAUACCCGCCUCCCUCGCGCCCCGGGCGAGCUUAAAGAAUUAUGGUGGUAGCACAUUGGAAUCUGAAGUAUGGUUGUGGAGGAAAGGGAAAUACCUGAGCCCCCAGAGAAGAAAAGAUAACAAACCCAACCUGCAUAAAGCUGUCUGUAGUGUCCGUUCAUCUGUGUGUCUGUACAUUAUUCUGUCUGUCUAGUUUCUGCCUGUCUGUCUGCCUUUCUGGCUACAAACAGCCUCAUCCAAUACAGCUCUUAAAUAUCUCAAGCUUGCAUGCCGUGGGGUCAAUUAUGAAAAUCAUUUAAUAACUCAAAAAUUCAUUCGUUUCAUAAGAAUAUAUACAUAAAUAUUCUCAUAUGGUUAAGAAAUAUUAACUUUAAAAGUAUUAUAAAAUCUCGAAUCCUAAAGUUAACAGUAAGCUAACAGUAAAAAGAACCUAACGGUCAUUGACAAAUAGAUGUAGUAGAUGUUCGUUUUCGUGAAGAAGCUAAGGUAACCACAGAUAAAACAGGCUUAUGCCCAAGAAGAUUUCUAAAACUCUUGCGAAUGUUUUUGUUGUUGUUAUUGUACGGGUUUGUUUUAGGAGGUUGCGAUGCGAGCGUCCCAAUACGAACCCUUUAUUGAUGACAAAAAGGAAUGGAUUAGUGACAAGUACUUCACUCAACAACGUUUCGCAGGAGUCAAUCCAAUGUCUUUAAGACGAGUAACUUUCCAUGCCGUCUCUGAAGGUCAGUGAUUUCCUUUGCCUCUCUGCCUCUAUUGUUCACGGAAACGAGAAUUAAGCAACACUAAAUUCAAGGAACAAGGGAUGGAACUCUUAAGUAAAAUAGUCUUGCUGGAAAACUUUGAGUAGGGGUGUAAAAUAAUGAGUUAUAUUAUUUCAUGUCAUUCAGUUUCACUUUCAUACAUAUAUGUCAAUCCCUCAGAACCGAUAGGACUGGAUUGGAACAAACUUAAGGAAAAGCUGAACCCUGAUUUUGACUGGGAAAGUGCUGUUCAAAGAGCCUUGGGUAACGAAGAGGCGAUACAGGAGGUGUGUUUUCUUAUAUUUGUUAGCAUUUGCUGCUCAUUUUUACUACACUAAGUACAUUAACUACUUGAACUUUAAGUACGAUUUAAUAAUUUAAUUCCGCUUUUGUUUCUCACUAUUCCUUGACUACUUUUUAGGUUAUUACGCAGGGUCGCAUUUAUGCCCUUCGUUACGAGCUGUGCGACGACUUGCCCAAAGAAAAGGACCUCACGGAUAGUGAUCCAAAAAGGACCAUGUGGAACACCCUUUCUCCAAUUGCUCUGUUUGUAUCUACACCGGACUUUGUAACGGAACAUAAUAAUCUUGUUCCUGUGGCUAUUCAAAUGGACCACACCCCCGGUACAGGACAUUUUCUUUGGUCUUCUGCCAACACUUAAUUUACCUACCGUAAACGUAUGCUUGUAAGCCCACUACCCCACAAAUAAGCCCUCCCCCCCUGAUAUAGGCCCAACUACCUGUAAACAAAAAUAUACAUACAAUUAUAAGCUCCCAUCCGAAGUGCUUAAAAAGAAAGAAAAGAAGAGAAAGAAAAAAAUGCUUUCACAAAAGUUAGUAAGACGAGUUGGUAUUGCGUUAACAAGUCUGGCUAAAAAAAAAAUAGAAAUUGCGCUGGUCACUGAAAAAAUGUGAUCUGUUUUUUUGCCUGCAGGUCAUGUGAUGUUCUCAAGGGUAUUUGCCUUUGCUUCUGCUAAACAAAGCUUACAUAUGCACGUGAAAAAGUAGAAAUUUGACAGAAACAGUUCCCAAAGGAACAAUAACAUGGCAUUCACUUGGGAAAAUGUAACUGAUAAAAGCUAAAAAGAUUCACAAACCACAGAACACAAAAGAGGAAAAAGAAACAAUACAAUAUUUGUUGAGCUGUUGACUUGAAUUAAACUAACAUAGUUUUUUUCUUCUUCUUCUUUCUUCUUUCUCUCUUUCCUUUUCUAGACUCAGCGGUUUUUACACCCGAAGACGAAGGCAACUGGAUGAUGGCUAAACUGAACGUUCAAGUCACAGAUCUUGGAUACGCACAAAUAGUAGAACAUCUUGCUAAGGUAGAAUGAUAAAAUUAUUCUCUAAUAGAUAAUCACCUCUACCAAAAAUUGAAUUUUAGUUUUUAUUCUCGCGUCAGGCUUAGCGUGUGAAGGUGAGAGGUUUGGCAUCCUUACCUAUGUUAGUUGAGUGUAAUGGGUUUUCAAUGUCUUACUUCUACAAUUUUGGGUGAUAAAUUUCUCUGAAUAUAUCAACUGUACUAAAACAACACAAGAUUAAAUCUUUUGGAACGAUUGCUAUUUAGAUGUUAGUCCAGCUUCUCUCCUAUUUUUGUCGUUAUCUAUUGAUUGGUUUGGAUUUUUAGAGGAUGCGCGAAGCGCGCGCAAGCGGAACAAGAAAAUUUGACUGAUGACUGAUUUUGGUACUGUUGACUGAUUUUGGUACUCAUGUGACCGUCCGUCCAUCCGCAUUGCAGGGAACCUUUGUAAUUUCUCACACUUUCCGAGCUAACUAGUGAGGGAGCCUGCAACCUGAUAUGGCACAUCCAUAGUAAUGAAUUGACAGCUGUCAAAACAGGGUAUGCGCUAACCGGCAUCGAAUGAUCGUAUCGUGGGCUAAGGUGGAGGAGAAGCAAAUGCCUACAACAAUGACUAUUCCGAACCUCUGGCUCUUUUCUACCUUUAUUACUCUCUUGUUUAAAUAAUAUAUUAGGAGUACAAUAUGUUUCUACCGAUUAACCAUUUGAUUUGGAGGUUUACGUAUUCCUGUUGUUCAAGGUUCAUUUCCUGAUGGAACCAUUCUGUGUUGUACUGCGACGCACUUUAUCUUCGCGGCACCCGUUGUAUCAAAUACUACAGUAUCACUGUCGAGAUGUUACAGUACCGAACACAAUCGGAGCUCCUGUCCUUGUUGGCGAAGGAGAAUAUAUGGAUAAGCUGUUUGCAUUUGGAAAUACUGGAACUGAUCAACUUUUGAGAGAUGCACACCCAUUAUCCACAUGGGAAGUCACAGAUUUUAGAAACGAGUUAAAGGUGCGUUAUUGUGACGACUUCCAAUUCUUUUAGUUUAUCACGGUAAGUUAUGCCAGCUCGCUGUCUCACCUAAUCCAAGCCUGUGAUGCUUGUGCAUAAAAUAGUGCAUGUCUUGGUAUUUAGCCAAAAUAAGCCAAAGCCGCCAAAAUGAGCGAGAUAGUAAAUGUAUAAAAUCUCCUUCCGGGGGACUGGGCACGAGACAGAUAAACUACCUUGAAUGGAAUACCGCAACGCUCAAAACUGUGAAGGAAUAUUGCAAAAAGAUAGCAAUUAGAUAUGGCAACCAAACUGCCUGGGUCUUUGUCAAACAAUUUUAAAGUUGACUUCUCUUGUUUGUAACUUUCAAUCAAUGAUUUUUGAGACAGUAAAUACGUCAUUUCGUAAUUCCCAAGUUAUCUCUUUCGUAAGCUUUCACGGCAAUUUAGCAGCAAAACUGAAAAAAAUAUGGACUAAUUAAGUGUUCAUCCUUGUAUAUCAAUCAAGCUUCUUAUUCCCUCCUCAUCUAUUUGCUUAUUUGCUUAUUUCCGGUCAUUUAGUUCAAACUCCGUCCCGAUGACUCGAAUUUUUUUCGAUUUCCCUAGAAGGUUCGACUAUCGGGAGUCGACUGCAUUUCACUAUUCAUUUUUCCUCUAUUUAUUAGAAACGCGGGGUGGAUGAUAAGGAUCUUCUUCCAUACUUCCCCUACCGAGACGAUGGGGAGAAAAUCUUGGAGGUUAUUGAAAACUUGGUGAAAGGAUACGUAGACUUGUAAGUACAAAAAAUUAUGAAAAGGUAAUUAUUAAGCCAAGCCUACAAGCGGAGCUGUAUUAAAUACUUUCAAUAUUUUUUCUCCAGUGUCUGGUUGCCCCUUAAUUUUUUCCCAUUCCCACGUUAAUGAAAUAAUAGGAAUAAAACCAGUAAAGUUUUUGUGAAAGUGAUAAUAAUAAUAAUGAAAACCUUUCCACUACUAUACUAGCUGGCGGAUGCAAAUUAGGUAAAGGAGCAUUUCUGUCCAGUUAAUUGAAUUAUUGCAUCGCUUUUAUCGUAUUUAAGGUAUUAUUACGACAAUCAAGACGUUAAGAAUGACAAGGAAUUUGGUAAUUACCUCAAUGAAUUGUCCAUUGAUGGAAAACUGCUUUCAUUGCACAGCCGCAUUGGAAGGGUAAGUUUACAGAGUGUUAUUAUAUUAGAUGUUGCUUAAUUGUCUCUUCUGUAGAACCUACUAACUGCUGUACUACUAAGGUAGGCAAAAUGGUCUUUUCCCCCCGGAGACUUUCUGUGAUACUUUCUUGCCUCUUGCUGUGGCGAAAUAUUGUGCCUCGUACUAAAAGAGUUUCUGGCUAUUUAACUCUGCCUCAGGAAAUCUUGAGUAAGGAGCAGACUUGCGGAGCUGAUCGCAAUUAGACAAAUAAGAAGGAAGAAAGCUACUCAAGUGCAAUUUCAUGGAUAAGAGCUAAAGUAUCUUUCGCCAUCGUACGCUCUGCGAUACUAUGCUUGAGAGGCUCAAGAUCUAGAAGAAGACAGCUAGGGCGCGAUCCAUUCAACCAACAUUUCCGGAAAUUUCGGUCCAAAACUCAAUGGAUCGGUUCGGGUCCAACCGGAAAAGUUUCGAAAAAGCUGGUCCACCUUUUGAGGUGGUCCUCUUCUCCCGGUCGGACCGUUCUGAAUUUUGGUUGAAUGGAUCGCGCCCCUAGACUUUGUUGACUCAGACCUACAGCUCGAUAAUAUUAGAGCCUGUCCGAAUUAAUCUUUUUAAGGAUCGUUUUUUAAAGAAGUAGGAAUUUGGGAAUACGAGAUUUUAUUCUUUUUAACUUGUUUUCUUUUUAAUAUCAGAGACUGAUAAUUCUCUUUUGUAAUGACUUAAUUUAAAACUCUGGACGAGUCAAGAGUCAUGAUCAUUGACCGCAUCUGAGCCGCAAGGAAUGUAUUUGCGAAAUCGUUAUUGACACUAUGAUUGCUAUUUUUAUGAUUUAUAUAAUUCUUAAUGUUAUAUAGUGCUUAAUUCUUACUUCAAAUAUUUCUGUAAAUUAUAUUAUUAUUAUUAUUACCCAGAGGGUAAUAAAAUUACUAUUUUUAUUUCCUUUGGUUAUAGAUUCUUAGACUCUCUACUCUCAUUAAAAAAUCCGCGCUUAAAAAGAUCUUCUGUUCCAAAGUCAAAUUUACUGAUGUUCAUCAGAAGCCUGAGCUCCUGCGUUUAUACAUGAAGAGCCGCAUAUAUAUGAAUCACCAUCAUGUUAAUUGUUAAUUUUAACAGAUUCAAGGGUUACCCCCAAAGAUAAACACUAAAGAAGAACUCUGUGAUAUUGUAACUCGGAUCAUCUCACAGCUGAGCCUUCAACACUCCACAGUCAACUACCCGCUAUCAGACUAUGCUGAGUACAUUCCUAACCUACCAACGAAGCUGUACAAUGACACCAGACUGAAGGAGGGGGAAUUCUCGGUUCUGCGUCUGCCAAACAAGAAUACAUCUGCUGUAAGUUUUUCAUAUUAGGUGUGUUUGGCGUUAUGCCGGACUAAAACAUUGAGUCGGUCAGUGUAGUUCUAAGGAACCGUUCAUUAAUAAUCGGCUGAGGGAAAAUUAGGGGGGGGACAUCGAAAAAAAAAUUAAACAAGGAGGAGGGGGAUCCCAAAAUUGCUUAGUCUUAUGAGGGGGGGCGGGGAGGAAAAAAUAAACUUGUUUUUAAAUCUUUUAUUUCAUCAGAUUAUCCUUAUCAAAGACAUUAACAUUUUAGUUAGAAUAUGAUCUUACUUUCAGUCUUUGCAGCCAUUUUCACUACCUUCUGUGUCACUGCAAGUGUUAUUAUCUCCAUAGGGUUAUUCUCCACUAAUAAAAGAUACCUUCGUUUUAUUCCUGGUUAAAUUAGGUUGCCGGAAAGGUGAAGGUAGGAGGGGGGCGGGGCUCUGAAAUAUAUCUAAUGAAAAUGGGGGAGGUGAUGCAAAAAAAAUACAGUCCAUGAGGGGGGGGGGAGGCAGUGAAUUUUUGGGACUGCUUAAUUUUCCUCCAGCCCACCUCUAUUUUUAAUUUGUUGUCUCUUACUGUAAUGAAGGUAAAGUACAUACAGUAUUGCAAAAGCUAUUUACAAAUAUUUUUUAAGAAUAAGAAUUGACAUUUAAUCACCGGACAAUUAAACUACUUUGAUAAUAAUUCGUCGUGUAAGUCAGAGCAAGCUGAAAUAUAUUGUAUAUCAAUAGUAGUUAGAUGUGUUCAUUAGUUCAUUGAUCAAAACAUUCACAGUUAACUGGCAUGGAUAAUAUUUGGAAUGAGAAUCUUUACUUUAUUGUAAAAAUCAUUCCUAAUCAAGAGUACUUCUUCUAUUUGAUUGCAUCUAGACCUACAAAAAGGGCAAUUCCUAUUAUCUCUGGUAGAUUGAUUGUAUCCACCAAGUUCUAUAAUUAGUUCGUGGUUACUUAUUCAUAACUUUACUAAUUUCUUUCUCGUCACUCAGCUGUUCCUCUGGUUAAGUAAUUAGAAGGGUAUGAUCCCUUUUAAAAGAUCUAAACAUUCUAGUUUUUGAGAGUGGUAAUGGGUGUUUUGGCAAUGGGAUAUAUAUUCUUGUUAGCGUCAGCAGGACUGAGUCAUUUGCGGCAAACUUUAAUUUAUUCCACGUUUUUGUCAGCCAGUCUCGGCUAUUAAGUUUUUGAAGGUCUGUCAGUAAAAAAAUGUCAAAACAAAAUCAAGAAUAAAAAUAUUUUUUUUCAAUCGAUCAGCACCCAUGUCCAAGGAAUCGAAGAACGCCUAAUACAUCCAACUAAUUUGUUCUAUUCUUUUAGUUCAAGUUUUGUUUCGUGAUUUUAUUUGAUGUAUAUUUUUUGGUGCCCCACUAUAAGCUGCCACAGCCCGAACAAUUCUUUGAUUCACUUUAACGAAGUGCUAGCGCUUUUAUUCUUUUAACUCUUUAAUGGACAGCCAUUUCACCUCUUAAUUUCCAGAUCGAGGCCAGCUUCAGCAACUCGCUGGCGUUAUAUCGUUUUGACACCUUAUUUGACUACGGCAACAACCUUGAGGACAUGAAAGCUCUCAAUUUUAUCAACGAUUAUUACAGCUACCUCUUGUACGAAGUUCAGCCUGAGAUGCAAGAAGUGAAUGAAGAACGAAAGGAAAAAGGUGAUCUGACCUACCCCUACCUUAUCCCAAGAUGGAUACCUAAUGGAAUUCAGACCUGA